AAGAACAUCAUGGCGAGUUUCUUCCAGAGUAUCCCGGGCAUCGGAAGGCUUCUUGGCUGGAAUGAGGCAGACGUGAAGAAAGAACAGGCCCAGGCUUCUUCCCCUUUCCCAGACUACAUGCUGGAUGCAGACGCCGUUGCCAAAGACAACGUGAAGUGGCGGUUCGGCGGUCCUCCAGAUUACCGUGUAACGAGGCAGAUGUGGGCGACAGAGAGGCAGUCCAAGCAUGCGCCCGGUUCGCUCGAAGCCAUGGUCGAGAACCUGGUGAAGAAUUGGGAGGUUGAAGCUUCCCACAAGCUGGAUGUGGCCGAAUGGCGGACGGUCGACCCCGAGAAGUACACCUUCUCAUGCAACGGCGGUGUGCCCCAGGACGCAUCACACAUGUUGAAAGUGGGAACAUACAGCGCUGUCAUAGCACCCAACAAAUACUAUGGCCCCAGUUUUUCUGAGUUUGAUGAAAGCCACAAGGUCUUCCGGGAUAUGAUGCCAAAUUUUGCCUGGGAGGUCUUGGAGGUCUACAGCGGACCACCAGUUGUGGUGUGCAAGUGGCGCCACUGGGGUUGGAUGAAGGGCGAUUAUGUCGGCAAGAACGAGGACGGGGACACAGUGACAAUCAAGGCACACAACCAGGUCCUAGAUGUCCAAGGGUUGACGGUGGCGAGGGUGGAUGACAAGUUCCGGAUCACAAACCUUGAGAUAUGGUUCGAUUCGAACAGCAUGUUCGAGCAGAUGAAACCGUCUGAGGAGACCAUGACGACGAAAAAAAUGCAGUGUCCCCUGGGGUUCAAAUGAGCAAGGAGGAGCAACUGGUCGUUGGUGGUAGGAUGUCAUUUCGAUGAGGCGCUUUAUCGUUCUCUAAUCCACUUAUUUUGAAGAGGGGGGGGGGGGCCUUGUCUCUACGCUUGAGGAAGUUGUCAGCGCGGUUUUCUUCAGUGUGCCAUUCACAGAUACGAUUCUUCAGAUUUAAUGCGAGCACGACUUCUUUGUA